AGUACCCUACUCACUACCCCGAGCUUACAGAGGUUUUAGUACUAAGGAGAAUUGCGCACUGCUCUCUUCCUGUUUGCUCUCAAAAUGCUCCAACGUUCAGCGAUGUUUCUCUGUAGAUCGCUUUCCAGACACCCUUUUCAUCGAUCUUCAAUACCCACUUCUUCUUUUACCUUCAAAUCACUCACAGCUUUCUCAAACCAAUGCGUUUCAGACUCAUUUUCGUCUCAAAAUUCCAUGAAAAUUCGUCAUUUUCUUCGCCCAACAAGCUCAAACUCUGCAACCCAGUUGGGGAUUUUCCAGAUUACGAGGCAAUACUGUGUUGAUACGAGCAAAGUGGUCGACGAGAUCAACCUUAAGUUCGCAGAGGCAAGGGAGGAGAUAGAGACGGCCUUGGAUUCCAAAGAAACUGUGUAUUUCGAUGAGGAAGCUUUGUGUGCUCGGGACGCGGUUAAAGAAGUUCUGGACAUGUAUGAGGGGUUGCUAGCAAAGUUGCCAGAGAAGGAAAAGGGUGCAAUACAGAGGUCUAUGGGGCUCAAGAUUGAGCAAUUGAAGGCUGAGCUUGAACAAUUGAAUGAUUCGUAGUGAGGUUUGUUGAUUCAUCUGAGUUUUGUCAUAUCUUGAUUCGAGUUCAUUGAUUUUUAUGUUUGAUGUUGUAAGUUUCGUGGUUGAGGAUCGAAUUUAUUUGUUGUUUACAAUAAUGGUAAUUUAUGAUUCUGCAUUAGAGAUGGUAUUUAACAAUGCUAUUUGAAGAUUUUGGUGUUGUUUUUAUUGGAAA